UGCCACAUCAGCAGUGCCUUGUCAGCAGUGCCACGUCAGCAACAGUGCCACAUCAACAACAGUGCCAUGUCAGCAGUGCCACGUCAGCAACAGUGCCAUGUCAGCAGUGCCACAGUGCCACAUCAGCCCCGCCACCAUGACGGGCUCAGUUCUGGGCAUGCCAGGCCAACUGGCAAAUGAGUCCAUUGCCGAGUACCGACAGCGUUUCGAAACUCAGCUUGCACUAAUCGCGGCUGAGGAACAGCGCCAGCUGGCAGCCGAGGCUGUCCGCCUACAGGCUGAAGCGGCGGCAACAGCUGAGAAGCAGCGGCUUCAGGCUGAAGCAGCCGCAGAUACCCAGGCACGCCACAAUGAAGCCCAGGAUCUGCUACAGCAGCAUGAAGCCACCAGCAUUGAAAGGCUCAAGUUUUGGCAUUUUGAACCAUCCGAGGAGCACGACGACGCGACACCGGAGGAACAACACAAGCUCAUAACCAGGUUGGUUUACACUUGUAACCACCUGCAGUCUGAGCUGGCGAACCUCCAGCGGGCCGUGCGGAACCACAAGGCUCAGCGCGAGGAUGCAGCACGGGCACUUGACUCCGGUGUACAGGACUUGGAGCAAUCUGCACCAAGACCCAAUGCUGGCGAGACCAACAGUGCACCCUCUAGCCGCCAGUUGGAGGAACGAGUUGACCAUGUAGUCGCAAUGCUCGACGACAUCAGUACCUUCGCUGCACCAGCCACCAUCAGCAAUCAGCUGGACACCUUGAAGACCGAGGUUCAGCAACUGCACCAGCUGCCUAACAAGGAUGGCAACGCCGUGCAGCACUACAAGAUGCCGACAUUCCAAAUCGAGAAGUUCGACGAUUAUACGCAUCAAGACCCGAUCUGGUUGAGCCACCUGGCAACCGUCCACGACGUCGACGUCGCAAAUCUGAAAGAUAAGAUCUCUUGGGAAGAGUUAACACGGCUAUGGAAGAAGCGGUUCAUCGUAGACGACGCCCCGACGCUCGCCAUCAACUGCCUCUUCGCUACGACGCAAGGCAACACAUCGACACGUGACUGGCUCACGGAAUGGCAAAAGAUCGCUGCAACGCCCGACCUUGACUUGCCAUUUUCGCAUCUGCGCCGCGAGUUCUACAACCGGCCAUGUGCCGCCUUGAGCCUUGCACUUGGUGAUCACGAGCAAUACGCGGCCUUCGCCGAAAUCAUCGACAAGGCAAGGGAGAUCAUCAAGACCAAUAGGGCAGCUGCACAUGAGAAAUCAGCAUGGCAGCUAACCUAUGUGGAGAAGGUGAAAACUGGUCCGCGGCCACAGCAUGUCGCUGCAGUCCAAUCGGACAACAUUGUGAAAGGCCCGGUAGCCACCCAAGCGUCACGUGAGGGAGAUCAGCUGGCUGCUGUCCAGUCGCGAAGCAACAAUAAGAAACUGAGUUCCGCGGGAGGUGAGGCGACUCCACCUCUCACUCCGCCAGAUUCGGCCGCCUUGCUAGCGGCCUCCUACACAUCUGGGGAGGAUGCGAAUGUCGGAAGUCCUCGGUUCACUUACGAGGAUUAUGCUGUCCGCUUGGUCACACCGUUGGACCAACCACUCCACGUGCAACAAUCUAUCGCAUGCGCGGUUUCAUCACCAUCGGCAACCGAUUCGGCAGCUUCGCCGCCAUCUAUCGCCGGGGAUUCAACGAUAUGGUCAAGACUUGAAGAGCUCGACCCGUUGACGUUUGCGGACUUCCAAUGGAUGCCCCUUCCCCGGUCCGGUCAAUUGCCGAAACCGGAUUGCAAUGUGCUCAUGGCACAAUUGCGGGAUUACUUGCACACUGCAGUACCAACUCCGUUGAUGGACGCCGGAGUAGAGGUUGUCGACCUUCACGCCUACAUUGCGAAGAUCGACCGCGAGUUCAAGACACAACGGUACGACGACAUCGACGCACCAUUGUUAUAUGUACGCAUUCAGAUCGGAGAGGCGACCUGCAGCACUUUAAUCGAUUGCGGAGCAUCUCGCAACUACAUGAGCCAGGACUUUAUGGUACGCGCCAGCCUUGGCCCACGUGUCUGGAGGAAGUCCCAGCCUACGCAAGUCACAUUGGCAGACGGUCACACCCACAAGUCAAUCGACCGAUGCAUAGAUGACGUCCCCGUGUACUUUGCCCCACAUGCAAGCGAGGCGGUGUCCUUCGAUAUUUUGGACACCAAAUUCGACAUGAUCUUGGGCAUGUCAUGGCUGGGAAGCGAGGAUUACCCGGUGAACUUCUACCGCCGCACCGUUCACGUUCGUGAUCGGAACGGAGUACUAGUCCCAUGCACGGUAGCUCCUCCACACCCUUCGAUUAGCUGCCACGUGGUGUCCGCCGCAAGCUUGCGAGCUUCCAUCAUCAGAGACGACAUCGAGGAGAUGGGGGUGUGUUUUCUCCACGCCCUCCCGCCCCAUGACGCUUCAUCGACGGACUCAUCUUCGGACCCACGCAUCACCGAGCUUCUCGACGCCUACGGCGAUGUGUUUGAAGGCCCGCACGGAGUAGUACCGGAUCGGCCCAUCCGCCACGAGAUCAUCCUCGAGGACGGGGCUGUACCUCCGCGUGGUUGCAUCUACCGAAUGAGCGAGGAAGAGUUAAGUGUGCUACAGGCACAACUCGACGUCCUUUCGGAGAAAGGCUGGAUUUGGCCUAGCUCAUCGCCAUACGGUGCUCCCGUUCUCUUCGUCCGGAAGAAAAACAAAGAUUUGCGGUUGUGCAUCGAUUAUCGCAAGCUCAACGUGCAAACGAUCAGAAACGCCGGCCCUCUUCCACGCAUCGAGGACCUUCUUGAACGGCUGGGUGGCGCCAAGUUCUUCUCCAAGCUUGACCUCAAAUCGGGAUAUCACCAACUCGAGAUUCGGCAGGAGGACCGCUACAAGACCGCGUUUAAGACACGAUAUGGGCAUUUCGAAUGGUUGGUGAUGCCAUUUGGCCUUACGAAUGCCCCGACCACUUUCCAAGCGGCUAUGACAACGGAGUUCCGACACAUGCUGGAUCGAUACGUACUUAUCUACCUUGACGACAUCCUGGUGUACAGUCGGAGUUUGGACGAGCAUGUGGAGCACCUGCGCACCGUUUUGGAGCGGCUACGACAAGCCAAGUACAAAGCUAAUCGCGACGAAUGCGAAUUCGCGCGGCAAGAGCUGCAGUACUUGGGACAUUAUGUGCCGCCGCAAGGCAUCCGUCCGCUUGCGAACAAGAUCGAGGCCCUCCGCGUAUGGCCCGAGCCCACCAACACCAUAGACGUUUGACACAUGCUCAGGGGAGCAAUGCGCAGUAUACCAAGGA